AUGCUCUGUCUUCCCUAUACAUAUAUUCCCCCGUUUCCCAAAUAUGACAUACUUAAUUCGUGUUAUCCCGUCAAAGCGGGCAAGCUAAGCUAG